AUGUCUAAUGAUCCGGAAGUUGUAAAACAAGAAAAAGAAAAAGUCAUUAAGAAAGAAAAAAAGAGUACAAUUAAGUCAGCUCCAGGAUGGAGUGAACAAUUAGCAUCCGAAAGCGAAGCAGCGGUCAAAGCGGAGAGAGAUCAUUCGGUUACCAUCGAGGAUUUGCAAAAACAUUCGAUAAAUAUCAUAGAAGAACAUCAUGGUGUUACACGAGAACAAUCGCAACAAGAGAAAUAA